GUGUCUAAUUGGUUCGGAAAUAAGAGGAUACGCUAUAAGAAGAACAUCGGUAAAGCGCAAGAGGAAGCGAAUCUGUACGCAGCUAAGAAGGCAGCUGCAGCUUUUGCAGGAGCAUCGCCGUACAGCAUGGGCGGUGCCAGCCAGGGCACCCCGACGCCGAUGAUGUCGCCGGCGCCGCCUGGAGGACCACAGGACAUGGCCGGAUACAGCAUGGGAAUAAACGGCAGUGACUACGGUUCGCAGCCGUACAACGACGGCUCCAUGGGAUACGACCCCAUGCAUCAGAAUGAUAUGCACACUCUGUGGGAUUACGCUGUGGCUCGGAAACGCACCGCCUCUGAAAAAAUAACCAAGAGCACUGAAUGUGAUGAAUUUCCGAGGGUGAAGAAAGGAAAUAUAACCCAAUUGAAUUUUCGUAUACUUUGAUCGAUACUUUUAUUGUGACGAAAACUUAAUUUCAUGUGAUUAAGUUUAUAAAUUUUAUCAUAUAUCUGGCAA